AGGUCGUUUGGAAAAAAUGUAAACUGAUGCACUAUAAAUUGAAAAAAAUUAUGAGCAACCUUUCAAAAUUUAAAUGAGACUAUCCCAAGCGUCACAUGAAAAACUGUUGACUUUUUGGUAAAUUUUAUUUAACAAGAAGUCAAAAAUUAGUAAUUGUCAACUUAAAUUCAACAAUCUAUUACCAAAAAAAUUUUUGUGCCGCUUGGGAUAGUAAGUAUACGCUACUGCUCAUGAGAGCACACGGACACACUAAUACAACGCACAUACGGGCCGCCCGCUAGACGGUCUGCAAAGUGGGGGAAACGCCCAGAAGCCUCAGAGGGUCAACAAUCGAUAUCCCGAAAUAUCGAAUUUUUGUGGUUAUAACAAAAUCAAUUUUGGAGGGAAAGCUGCCAUUCAUUUUUAUUCGAUUUGUUAAAUACAGAAAGUUAAACGUAAUAAAAGUUAAAUAUAAAUAUUUUUCAUAUUUUUCUAAGUCACAUUGUUCUAAAUUUGUUAUUAAAGAAUUGCUAGAAAAAUGGGCACCAACGAAGAGGAUAUUAAUGCUUUGAAGAAACGUAUAGCUGAGCUCGAAAAAGAAAACGAUAUGGUGAUUGUAAAAAAUAUCUACAUGGAAGAACUUUUAAAAAAACACAAAAAAAGUAUUGUUUGGGCUGAUAUUCCUCCACCAGCUUCUUCUACUGUUAAUGUUCCAUCAAGUGGUUCAGGUUCACAUUCAAAUGAAACGGAAUCGUCAGAAAAUUGUAAUAAAACAGAAAAGAUAAAUGAUAAUGAAAAAAUCAAUGAUGAAGGAAAGAUUGAUGAAGAAAAAUCAAAAAAAGUUGAGCAAAAAACUAAGUUUUUGAAUGAAAAUUUAGAUCCUAUUGCAUUUUCAUCUAAUGGAAGCAAUGAUAAAGGAAAUAAUUUUAACAAUCAACAAAAAAAUAUACCUUUUACUAUUACUUCAGUUGUGGACAAAAAUAUUAAACUUCAUCCAAAUAAAGGUCAAUUGAGAGUAGGUUCAGAAACUGAUCAAAAUGAUGUUGUUAAAAAAUAUAUUGAUCAAAGUAUAGAAAAAUGUAAUACUAUACAGAAAAAUUUGAAGGAAACGGAUUCAAGCACGGAGCAUUCAUCAAGUUCAUCUAAAAACAUCAAUAAAAAUGAUGUAGCUAAAAAAUAUCGAGGAAAGAAUGGCGGUAAAUCACGUCGAAACUGGCGGCCUCGGGGAGGUUAUCGCAGAAUAACUGAACAUCGGGUUACCUAUGAUGGAAAAAUGCUAUCCAUAUAUUAUCCAAGUUUUAAUAACAGUAAAUCAUUUACUAAUGCAGCUAAUUCUACUACUAAAGAAAAAAUGAAUGAAGUUGAAAAUUUAACUGACAAUAACGAAGAAAAAAAGUAAUUAAUGAAGAUUUUAAAUAUAAUAUUAGAAGUAAUAAUAAUAAUAAAAUAUUAUGAAUAAACAUUGUUACCUAUAUUGAAAAAUCAGAAACAAAUUGUUGAAUGAGAUUUAUUACAGCUAA